AUGGCGGCCGCUUCGGGGCUGACGAUUGUGAUCAAACUCGGGACAAGUUCGAUUGUCGACGAGAAGACACAUGAGCCUAUUCUCUCCAUUUUGACAUUGAUUGUCGAAACGGUAGCUAAGCUGCGCAGAGAUGGGCAUAGAGUUGUGCUCGUUUCCUCUGGCGCGGUGGGGGUUGGUUUGCGGAGGAUGGACGUGGAUGAAAGACCCAAAUAUCUACCCCGAAUACAGGCCCUCGCUGCUGUCGGCCAGUGUCGACUGAUGAGCCUGUGGGAUAACCUCUUUUCUCACCUCAAUGUUCCGGUGGCUCAAAUUCUUUUGACGAGAAACGACAUUGCAGAUAAAACUCAAUAUUUCAACGCGCAAAAUACCUUCGAGCAACUGUUCGACAUGGGUGUGAUCCCCAUUGUCAACGAGAAUGACACUUUAGCUGUUUCUGAAAUCAAAUUUGGCGAUAAUGAUACCCUCUCAGCUAUUGCUGCGGCCACAGUCAAGGCCGAUUACCUAUUCCUAAUGACCGACGUUGACUGUCUCUACACCGCGAAUCCGCGCACAAAUCCAGACGCCGAGCCCAUCGAAGUCGUCUCCGACAUCUCAUCUCUGGAGGCCGACGUCUCAUCAGCCGGAUCCUCCCUCGGAACCGGAGGCAUGAGCACCAAAAUCGUCGCCGCGAAGCUGGGAACAAGCGCCGGCGUAACGACAGUCAUAACGAAAAGCUCCAAACCCGGAAACGUCCACGACAUCGUGAACUAUCUCCAAGCCCUCCAAGCGAAAUCGGCCUCAAACGGCAGCGACUCUGGCGCCGAGAUAGAAAUCCCCGCCGCACCACUCCACACCCGCUUCCUGCCCUCCGAAACCCCAAUCCAAUCCCGAACAUUCUGGCUCCUGCACGGCCUCCAACCGCACGGCACAAUCUACAUCGACCCGGGCGCCCACGACGCCCUCCUCCUAAAGAAAGCCAGCCUCCUCCCAGCCGGGGUACUAGCAGUAGAAGGCCACUUCGGCGCCCACGAAGCAGUCCGCCUCGUCGUCGCCGAAAGACCGGACCCCGACGCGCUGAAUGGCGACUUCCUGCACCACAGCGCAGAGCCGAAGGAAGUUGGGCGCGCGCUGGUGAAUUACGGCAGUUUUGAAAUCGAUCAUAUUAAGGGUCGGCGCAGCUCGCAGAUUAACGACCUGCUCGGAUAUUCGGAUAGCGAUUAUGUUGCUCUUCAUGAGAAUAUCUCGUUUCACCCGGAGGAUCGGCAUAAUCAUCGGCCCACGACGCCGGUUAUGACGCCGGCGCUUGAGGAGUGGAAGUCGCCUAAGUCGUCUAAGUCGCCGACGCCGAUGUCGCCUUGA